GAUUAUAUUUUGACACCAUGGGAAAACAAAACAGCAAGCUACGCCCUGAAGUCAUGCAAGAUUUGCUAGAAAGCACAGACUUUACAGAGCACGAGAUCCAGGAAUGGUACAAAGGCUUCUUGAGAGACUGUCCAAGCGGACACUUAUCUAUGGAGGAGUUUAAAAAAAUAUAUGGGAACUUUUUCCCUUACGGGGACGCUUCUAAAUUUGCGGAACAUGUAUUCCGCACCUUUGACGCUAAUGGAGAUGGAACAAUAGACUUCAGAGAAUUCAUCAUAGCCUUGAGCGUAACAUCGAGAGGGAAACUGGAGCAAAAGCUGAAGUGGGCUUUCAGCAUGUAUGACCUUGACGGCAACGGCUACAUCAGUAAGUCAGAGAUGCUGGAAAUCGUGCAGGCAAUCUAUAAGAUGGUUUCUUCUGUAAUGAAGAUGCCAGAAGAUGAGUCAACACCAGAGAAAAGGACAGAGAAGAUCUUCCGCCAGAUGGACACCAACCGUGACGGAAAGCUCUCCCUGGAGGAGUUCAUCCGCGGCGCUAAGAGCGACCCGUCCAUUGUCCGCCUCCUGCAGUGYGACCCCAGCAGUGCCGGGCAGUUCUGAACCCUUCUUUGGAUGAAUUAUGUAUCUGCUAUUUUUUUUUCCUUGCCAAACAACAUUCAUGGUAGUGUUGCCUCUGUAUGGCCAAUUAUGCCUUCUUUUGUGGCAUCUUAUAGCUUCUUUUGUUGUGAAUUAAUUAUAAGAAUGCUGAAUUGCUCUUAAUGACUUGUCCAGAGCACGGGCAGUACUGUUUUAAACAGAUAUUGUGGUGUUAUCAUUGUUUUAAAGAUUUUAUUUUGUUUUUUGUUUGUUUGUUUGAACAUGUCUGUUUUGGAAAGCAUGCAAAGAGAAGGAAAAGAAAAACAACACAACCCUAAACAGCAAAACUUACAGAUUUUAGAUGGCUGCUCUAGUAGCUGAACAGUCACCUGCAGGACAUGGAAGUGUAUUCGAGAUUGAAGCAGAAAGGUUCUGAUGUCAGGGGUAGAGGCCAUCGGCACCUCUGUUUCCUCCCCAGGAGGCACUGGUUAAGCUCAAAGAUAGGAUCACGAAGUGCACGUGAGCAAAGCUGGUGAGGACUAGACUGCCCGCAUCCCUGCUCCCCAUGCCUCGUUGUUUCAAUGCUGUGAACAUUUUCAAGGUUGUGAAGGAGAAGGAAGAGAACAAAGGUCAAUGGUCUUAAUAGGUUUGCAAUGAUUUCAUCUGACUUUGUUGGAAAAUUCAGUAAUUUGCAGUCCUGAUCUCCAAACCCACAACAGACAAUACCUCUUGCCAUUUGGGUUCAGCAAAGGCAGACAUGGAUAUUGCAAAUCGGGUCUUGACAGUGAAUUUAAGGGAGAUACAUGUUGAAUGUGAAAUGUUCAGGUUAGUAAUAAAGCAGUUUCUACUAAGGAGAGUGGACAUUUAACUGAACAGAUAAUAAAACACCUUGAAGGAAGCUAAGCCAGAGGCAAAUCUGCUGUUCUGAAUGCUCAUGUGUAGUAUAAAGUUCAGGAGGUGGUUUUCUCUCUCCGUGUAGUUAAUGCAGUUUUUCAGCCUGCUCUUAGAGGGAGGCUAUCAUCAAAACUUGUUUUAAGCAUAAAAUUGUAGCAUUAAUAUUUCAUUUAUUUAGUAAAGUUCAAAAAUCUGUACUGAAACAAGGAAAUGGUACGCUUUGUGGUAUAUUUAUAUAUAUAAACAUUAAAACAAACAAAAAAAUCAGCUCUGAGAGAAAUGUUGAAUGUUUAUCUUUUCGCCUAGAUGCAGGACUUCUGAAAUUUGCUGCUGCAAAAUGUUACCCUCUGGUCAGAGAUGCUGUAUUCAACGCUAGUAUGCAUACAUGGCAUUGCUUAGUGGCUUUGCAAGCACUGCUGCAACCAAAAAGCUUUAGCGACAGGAGGCAUUAUGCUGACUAAAUUGGAGUUAAUCUGUCGUUAGCUAAAGUCUGCUCUGUGAUCCUGUUGGUGAGGUAUCCGUGUAGGCAGCGCACAGUGUUGGGAACUGGUGAGCUCGUUAGGGUAGCCUCUGUUUGAGCAGCAAGGUUGGCACUGUGUCAAGUGACCUUGUAGAUGCUAAUCCUCAAGUAGCCUUAAUUUAAAAUAAACUAAGUAAAAUAAGUCUCCUUGCAGAUGAGGAUUAGCUAAAUGCUAAUUAGAACUCACGGAAAAGUAGCUGAGUUAUGAUUUUUUUUUUCUUUUUGUUGAACACGAGCUAGCAUGCACAAUGUCAAGGGGUAGAAUAUCCUGGACUUAUUUUUUUUUCAAUACCAUUUGAUUUUCCAGGUUUAAUAUAAAAAGCAAAGUACAUCUUUGAUUUAAUAAAAUUCAUAAUCAGUUGUACUAAAAGUUUUAUCAGUUGCUAAGCACACUUGAUGAGUACUUUCAGGCACACAUCUUUGUCUCAAAUGAUCGAAGAGGGCCAACUGAUGGCAUAUUUUAAUGAAUGCCUACAUUUGGCAUAAUUUAAUGAAUUCCUACAUUCAUUAAAAUACUAGGCAGAGGUAUCUGGGUAUCUGUGAAAGUGAGAAAGUAAAAGAGGCCCCAGAACAGAUACACGUACACAAACAGUUUUCAACAUUAGUGCUGGUAGGUGUUACAAACAUCACUGGCAAAUUUUGCAUCAGUUCUUCUAGUUGAUGGAGAUGCUCCUUAUUUAUUCCUUCCUAACUUUCAUUAGCCAUCCUGUGAGCAAAUCCAUUCCUUCAAAGAAAAGCCCAUGCCUACCUUCCUCAAGAUAAUUUUCAUUUUACCUAGCCAGGUUCUAUGUCCCUCACCUCAUGUGUAGUCAAAGCCGUGUUCUUCCCUCUUUUGUGCUUCAAGGAUUGUUUUUUCAGUAGGACAAACCUGACUAGAUUGCUGCAAAUUGCUCUGUGGAGGUCAGUGAAUGUACACUAAUUAACAAACAACCACUUCAUCAGAUGUAGACAACCAGCUCAGCUGCACCAGCCCUUCCUGGGAUGCUCCAUUCCCACCUCUAUUCAGGGAGAAUUUAAGUUAUGUCUUAGUGAAAUUCUCAAGACUACCAAAAAACACUGAAAUUCCAAUCUUCCAAACUCUGGGUCCAGUGCAGGCCUCU